CCUGAGUGUCUGUCUCACGGUUCUGCCUCUGUCUGUCCGGCUCGAGUCUCUCUCCCCCUCCUUUCUCCCCGCAAAGUUUGGCUGGACGCCUGGCACACCACGAGUUAUUUCUUUGCUAUUUCCCGGCGGGAGCUCUUGGUUUCCUCUUGGAGUCUGGGAGGAGCAGGGCAGAGCAGGCAGAGAGCGAACUACGCAGGGCCAGGCGGACCGUGCGGGCUCGGGGCGCCUGGCUGCGGAGAAGCGCAGAGGCAGGAGCAGAGGUCAGCUGGAGCGUCCGAAGAAGCAAGCGCCUGGAAGGAGGCCAUAGAGAAAGGGAGCCGUGCCGGGAGCCAGGAAGUGGCCCACAGACUACGAGAAGACCCCGGCAUUCGGGCUCCCUUUGCCAGCGCCAUGAGGCCGCUCCUCGCCCUGCUGCUCCUGGACCUGGCGGCCGGCUCCCCCCCACUGGACGACAACAAGAUUCCCAGCCUGUGCCCGGGGCACCCUGGCCUUCCAGGCACGCCCGGCCACCACGGCAAUCAGGGCAUGCCUGGCCGCGACGGCCGAGACGGCCGAGACGGCGCGCCCGGGGCUCCCGGAGAGAAAGGCGAGAGCGGGAGGCCGGGAAUGCCGGGGCCCCGUGGGGAACCCGGUCCGCGAGGAGAAGCGGGCCCCAUGGGAGCAACCGGGCCUGCGGGGGAGUGCUCGGUGCCCCCGCGCUCCGCCUUCAGUGCCAAGCGCUCCGAGAGCCGGGUGCCUCCGCCGUCAGACGCGCCCCUACCCUUCGACCGGGUGCUGGUGAACGAACAGGGCCAUUACGACGCAGCCACCGGCAAGUUCACCUGCCAGGUACCUGGGGUCUACUACUUCGCGGUCCACGCCACCGUCUACCGGACUAGCCUGCAGUUCGAUCUGGUCAAGAAUGGCGAGUCCAUCGCCUCUUUCUUCCAGUUUUUUGGGGGGUGGCCCAAGCCAGCCUCGCUCUCCGGAGGCGCCAUGGUGAGGCUAGAGCCCGAGGACCAGGUGUGGGUGCAGGUGGGUGUGGGUGAUUACAUUGGCAUCUAUGCCAGCAUCAAGACGGACAGCACCUUUUCUGGAUUUCUGGUAUAUUCUGACUGGCACAACUCCCCUGUUUUCGCUUGAUGCCCACCGGAAAGUGAGCCUACGCUUUCUCA